CGUGUGCGUGUGUGUGCUACGGGCUCAAAUCAUCGCAAUCAUAUGUGUGUGUGCAUACAUACAUAUGUACAUGUUCGACCUAUAGCGACUACUAACUCGGCCCACUCGAUUCGGUCAGAUCAGUGCUGCUCAAGAAUUUCGAUGAAGGCUAUACCGCAUACCACGUAUCCAUGGCUGAUGCUGCUGCUGGCCGCGACCAUGCCGCUACCACGAGCCACGGGUGGGUCCUGCCGCGAAGCUCAGCUCUGCUGCAACGGGCGCGACUCUUCCUGCGUGGUGCAGAAAGACCCCGUCAAUGCCAUCAUCGAAAACUUAAGUGAUAAGCCUUGCUACUGCGAUCACGCCUGCCUGAAACUGGGCGACUGCUGCGACGACUUUAAGGACCACUGUGGGGUUUUGGACUGCCAAGCCAGUGAUUGGAGCGCCUGGAGCGAGUGCAACAAGAGCUGCGGCAGCGGACUGAUGACCCGCAGCCGCCAGGUUCUGCAAGUGGCCCAAAACGGGGGAAAGCACUGCCCAACGCUUUUCCAGACGCGCUCAUGCCAGGGCUUCUGCUGUCACGGACACCACGAGAAGAAGAUACUACGUGAAAUGGCCUUGCUCCUGCCCGCUGCUCUCUCGCACAAUGUCAGCAGCAGCGCCACCCGGCGCAAUCUGCGAAGAGGCUACCGAGGCACCUACCGUCAGGACUGGGAUCAUGACGUGACACUUAACGAGAUAAAACCACCGAUUGGAUACACCAAGGUUGAAGAUCUAUGUACAGGAUUUACGUACAAGACCAAUGGAUGUAAACUUAAAAAAACAUCAUUUGGAACAAAGAAACACCCUUUAGAUGCUAAAGGAGCAUGGAAUUUCACAUCUUAUAUAUAAAGAAAAGAGAUGACUAGAUAUAGCACUCCCCUUUU